AUGGGGAAGGAGCAGUUCCGCGAGUCCGAUUUGGCUCGGAAAGUUGUUGGCGUCAAGUUUAUGCCGGCUGACAGUGAUUUCAUGCGGCAAGCAGCACAUAUUCGUGUUAUCAACAAUCGAUUGUAUGAAGAUCUUCCUGGAAAGUGGGUUCCCGCCCAAUGUGGACCGCUUGAUCUGCGCUUGGUAAGUAGCCUUAACUAA